GAUAUUUUCAUCAACGAGAAUUUGUUGACCUGUUUCGAAGAGUCUCAAGCAAAUAUGAUCAAGUAUAUUAUAUGGACUUUUCUGCUUAUUCAUGUGUCGGCCCAGCGUUGGACUCUGUUUGAUGAGCAAUCAAAGCCUAAGGGUGUUUUGAGACUGGUUGGAGGUCUUUCCUCGUCUGGCCGUGUGGAGGUCUACCAUGAUGGACAGUGGGGUACGGUCUGUGAUGAUGGAUGGGAUCUGGCCGAAGCGCAGGUGGUGUGUCGUCAGCUGGGUUUUCCUGGAGCCGUAUCAGUUGUCUCUGGAGGGCAAUAUGGUGAAGGCUCCGGUCCAAUCUGGCUGGAUGAUAUGAUGUGCAAAGGCUCAGAGAGCAUAUUGUCUGAAUGCAGCUUUAAAGGCUGGGGCGUCAAUGACUGCACACAUAAAGAGGAUGCAGGAGUGAUCUGCAAGAUUGGUACAAACACAACCAGCAAUCGUCAGAUCUCUGUGGAUAACAGUCUGGGAUUGUCAGAUGAUCUCGGUCUUCUGUUUGACAGUGAAGAUGGUUGUGAUUUCACCAUUACUGUACGAGAUCUCAGUGAAGAGGCUGAAUUGAAUUUUUGUGUACACCGUGUGAUCCUCAUGAUUUAUCCAGAGCUAAACAUAACAAGCAACUCUAGAAACCUCACAGUGGACAUCAACCUGACAUGCCACUCUCAUGCCUCUGCUUUCGUCAGAUAUUUAUACACUCGUCAGAUUGAUGUAUCCACAACAUCCGCUCAGUGUCUCCAUCAGCUGGCGUUCAUCUUUGGAGUGAAGAAGCUCAUGGAGGAUGUUGGCAGGGUCUUAACUGCACUCAUUCCUGAAGACAACACCUUCCAGACGCAGGUGUCAAUGUACGAGUAUGGCGUGCGCACAGGUGACCUUGUCCUCCAGGAGAACGUUCUCCAGUAUCUUUCCUGGAACUGCGAGUUCCUCAUAAGCUCUCCAGUGUGGAGCACCGUCUCCUUUGACAUGAUGGAUGCUCUGCUGCAGCGCUCAGACCUGAUUGUGGAGGACGAAGCUUUACUUCUUGAAGCUCUGGAAAGAUGGAUCCAAGACAUGGGUGACAAGAUUAGUUCAGAAAAGCAGGUCAGCCUCCUGAAUCACAUCCGCUUCCUCUUAAUCCCAGUAGAUAAACUCUAUGACAUGCAAUUUUCCUCAAGUGCUCUCCGUCAGAGUAAUGAGACACUGUAUCUGACUGGACUGCUCAGAGGAUUUCAGUUCAACGCUCUUCCCUUCUCUAAGAUCAGGAAGCAAAUAGAUAACACAAGUAGUGAGUUUCUACCUAGAAUCUACACAGGAGAUGAGUGGAGUGUAUGCAUCAAUGACACAACUGUCAGUAACCCGUAUUAUAAUUACAGAAACAAUAGAAUCAAGUCUUUUUCCACUCCUGCACAUCCUAGUGUUCUAUACAAAGAUCAGAAGGUCCAGUGGCAAGCCCAAGUUUUUCUUACUGGCCAGGAAUGCUCUAACUCUGGUAUUUUGUGUAAUACUUUGCCUGUUGCAAAGUUUUUUGGAUAUGGCAAUCUGUACAGUUACUCCAGCACCAUUCGCUACAACAGCAGGUUGGUUCUUACCUGUAAAAAUCAGAAUAAUGUCUUCCAUGUGCAAGAAUUUAAAAACGACAUGGCAGUGAUUCCAACUAACAGCAGUAUGGGUCUGCCGAACCCCUGUCCAGAUGACUACAGCUUCAGAUUUGUUGUCCGUCCACAGUAUAUAUGAAUGCUCUGAGAUUUGCUUUCCUACCAUCAUUUUAAUAUUCAUUUAAAUUUAGUUCAAUCAAAUCCACUAAAUUCAAUGAAGUCUCCUUUUUUAAAAGUUGUUGUUAUUCAUUAUCGAGUGGCAUUUGUCAUUUGUUUCAGAUGGUUUUAAACCUUUCCUUUCAAUAUAUCAGAAAUAAAAUGGCUUAACUUUAAACAGCUACAUCAAUGAUAAAAUAAAAAUACAGUUUUGAUUCGA